UGAUAUGGCAGAAAGGAAACUCUCUAUGGAGGAAGAAGAAGCCAGAAGAAUAGCUGAGAUGGGCAAACCUAUUUUGGGAGAGCACCCAAAACUUGAGGUCGUCAUUGAGGAGUCCUAUGAGUUUAAAAGCACAGUAGACAAACUUAUAAAGAAGACUAACCUUGCCUUGGUAGUAGGAACUCAUUCAUGGAGGGAUCAGUUCAUGGAAGCAAUCACUGUCAGUGCUGCUGGAGAUGAAGAUGAAGAUGAAUCUGGAGAAGAGCGUCUGCCAUCCUGUUUUGAUUAUGUCAUGCAUUUUCUGACUGUCUUCUGGAAAGUACUAUUUGCUUGUGUACCACCUACAGAAUAUUUGAAUGGAUGGGCCUGCUUUGUAGUGUCAAUCAUCAUCAUUGGCAUCCUUACUGCCAUCAUAGGAGACCUUGCUUCUCAUUUUGGCUGUACAAUUGGCCUGAAAGACUCUGUAACUGCUGUGGUGUUUGUGGCCUUUGGCACGUCAGUACCUGAUACGUUUGCAAGCAAAGUAGCUGCUACACAGGAUGUGUAUGCAGACGCUUCAAUUGGGAACGUGACCGGGAGCAACGCUGUCAAUGUUUUCCUUGGUAUUGGUCUAGCCUGGUCUGUUGCUGCCAUCUACUGGGCAUCACAGGGACAAGAAUUCCACGUCUCCGCUGGUACCUUAGCUUUCUCCGUAACGCUCUUCACUAUUUUUGCAUUUGUCUGUGUCAGCGUCUUGCUGUAUAGGAGGCGGCCUAGUAUUGGUGGGGAACUGGGAGGCCCCAGAAGCUGUAGACUUGCCACAACUUUGCUCUUUGUAACCUUGUGGUUACUUUAUAUUUUAUUUGCUACUCUGGAAGCCUAUUGUUACAUCAAGGGAUUCUAAAUGAAGACAAGCAUAAGCCAGCAAC